AUGGCGGCUCGUAGAGCGCCCGCGCGCAUGCCGCAUGGCCGUUCACCACCACUCAAUGCCGCCGAGGUGCAACACCAGCACCAGGCAGCGCAGGCAGCGCAGGCAGCCCAAUCAGCACAGCAGUCCCAGCCGCAGGAUGCGCUGUCGGUGCUGCUCGUCACCGCGGGCUACGACCACACCAUCCGCUUCUGGGAGGCAUGGUCGGGCAUCUGCUCGCGCACCAUCCAGCAUCCGGACUCGCAGGUCAACCGACUCUCCAUCAGCCCCGACAAGCGCUUCCUCGCUGCAGCCGCCAACACGCACAUCCGACUGUACGACUGCUCGAUAGCCUCGCCCGCGAGCAUUGCUGCGGCCAACGGCGGAGGCGCCAACGCCAAUGUCGGCGCUCCAGCACAGCCCAUCGCCACACUCGAGGGGCAUCAGGGCAACGUGACGGGCAUCGCGUGGCAUUGCGACAUGCAGUGGCUCGUCUCCGGCGGCGAAGAUGGCUUGCUCAAGAUCUGGGAUCUGCGCACAUCCAGAGCCACGCGCAUCUACGAUCACAGAGGACCCGUGAACGAUGUGGUCGUGCAUCCGAACCAGGGAGAGCUCGUGAGCUGCGACCAGAACGGCAGCGUCAAAGUGUGGGAUCUGGGGCAGAAUGGAUGCAGCCACGAACUGGUGCCCGAAGAAGGUGUUCCCAUCCGAUCCGUCACCGUUGCUGCGGAUGGAAGCUGCCUCGUUGCGGGCAACAAUACCGGCAAGGUGUACGUUUGGAGAUUCGUCAACGGCUCCUACGAGCCACACCAGCAGAUCGCGCCGCCUUCGCCAGCAGCCGCAGGAGACUUUACAGAGCUUCAGCCGGUUACCACGUUCCAGGCGCACGAAAAGUACCUCACGCGUGUGCUGCUCAGUCCCGACGUCCGACACUUGGCGACGUGUUCGGCAGAUGCGACGGUCAAGAUCUGGUCGACGUCGCGCUACGAGUUUGCGCUCGAAAAGACGCUCGUGGGUCACCAGCGCUGGGUGUGGGAUGCGGCGUUCAGUGCCGACUCGGCCUACCUCGUCACGGCCUCGUCCGACCAUGUGGCACGGCUGUGGGAGCUGGCGUCGGGCGAGACGGUGCGCCAAUACAACGGACACCACCGCGCUGCCGUAUACCAGUUCGAUCACCCCGCCAUUGUGAGGGGCAUGAGUGGAAAUGGCAAGAUGGGUGGGGCAUCGAUGUCGGCGUCGCUUCUGGGGCUGAAAGCGGAGCUGGAGCGGACGAGAGCGUCGGCCUCUACCCCGCGCAGCCGUUCCUCCACCUCGAAGCCGGUCAAGAGUGCAGCCACGCAGGGCUCGCGGAAGCGACAGCAAGAUGAGGUUUCGCACGAUCAAGUGCGGCUUAGUCUGGAGCGCAAGGCACGCACAUAUGCACAACUCUCAUCCGGCAAAUACGCGGGCGUUUCGGACGCUGCACUGCUCGAAAGUAGCAUCGACUGGACGCGCAAACUCCACGAGGACCAGUCAUCGCCGCCGCCCGAAAGCACCGACAACGACGCAGAUCCGAUGGUGGAGUACAUGGACGAAUUCGGUCGUACUCGGGUCUCGCAUCUCAGCGAAAUCCCACGCCAUCUCCUACCCCAGCAGGAAGAAGAGGAGGAGGAGGAAAAUGUGAUCUACGGACCGGCGCAGAGCUUUCCUGUCUACAAUCCAACGCCUCGAGUUGCACAGAAGAAGUUCGAUGCGGCGGAGGAGUUGCGGUAUCGCGGCGCAGCAUUCUACCGCUUCUCAACCGACCAGCUGCAGCGAGAACGACAGAUGAACGAGCUCGCACAGCAACAUGCACACACCCACGCGAUACGAAGCACCGCUCAGCGCAAAGGCGGAAUGUCAUUGCUCAAGACAAGACUCGCUGAACGAGCGCACAAGGUGCACGAUGAACGCCUACGCAUCCUAGGCCCCGCAGCGGUCCACCAAAGAAGCCAGCGCAUCCAACAGGCUAGACUCGCUGCACUCCUACCACCCACCUAA